GGUAGCUUAACGUUAAGGCUACCUUUCCUUCUCAUCAGUAUCUCGGUUAUUCUGAUCAUCAGUUACUCGCUUAUUUCAGUUUUACGAGUAUCUCGAUGGCCUCUUCAGGUACGUCGUAGGAAAGCCAUAGAGGACUAAUAUGACGAGUAGCUAAAGUAGAGGUUAACUCGCCCCCUAAUGGGAGUGACGUAGUUCCUGGUGCUGCGGUGGCAACUAGCGAACUGGACGAAGAGGUGGAACGGAGGAACAAGAAGAUCCGGGAGGAAAAAUUUCAAGCAGAGAAACGCGCUGAGCUUACCCGUUUGAUUCAGGAGGCACACGAUAAAGAAGAUAGAAAACGGGAGGAACAAGAGAGGGCGGAAAGGGAAAAGAAGGCUAUGCUGGACGAGGAUGUCCAACAUGGCGAGGAUCAUGACAGGCGGAGAAAAGAAGUAUCUGCUGCUAGACCAGCUAGCAGUAGUGGAGUUCGCGCUGGUAGUGCUAGAGGAGCGACUACUUCCGCUAGAGCCCGUACCAGUGCCAGAAGACAACUAGAGCCUGAUGCUGCCGCUGGGGGAGGUGGUAGAAUCGUCCCUGUGCGAGCGGCCGAUCAUGAAGAGGAAGAUGAAGCCUCUCCAGAGGACUCCUACGACAUGGACGGGGAUGACUUCAUCCAAGAUGAUGACGAAGCUCUAGAUGAAGAAAUAGACGUCGAAAGAGACCAUGAGGAGCGAGCUGCUCCUUCUAGUAGUACAACAGGAAGUACUGCUGGUGCAGGUGGAGUAGGUGUAGGAGUAGUUCUCGGAGGCGGCGGUGGUGGUUCUACUGCGCGAUCUUCCCGUGCCUCGGCUAGCCCUCCUGGCAGUCGGCCAAGCAGUGGAGAGGGACGCAAAGGUGUCACAGGAGGUCGUGGUAGGCGAGGACAUCAUCAAGAUAGAAGUAGUCGAGCAGGUCGUGGUCGCAGUUAUACUAGAAAUAAGAGAAUGAUCCCCGUAGCUGGAGAACUUGAGGACUUGCCAGUGGCUGGCACCGAUUUGAGCAAUACGCCAUUCAUUGACCGCGUUUUGUCACCAUCUGGGAGUCCGACUCUUCCAGUAGGUGGCGGUCGAGUUCAGUCUCCCUUCUUAGUAGACCGCAUCACACCAGCAGGCAUUGUGGCCUCAGUGCCCAACAAAACUAGCGGAGCUCGAAAGAAGACGGGAGAGGGAGCGGUGUCUUGUGACGAAUUUGCGCAGCCAGUAAAAUGGUCCGCGCAGAGCAGCCGGGGUAAGAUCCAACCAAAGGAUGCCGAGCGGAAAAACAAAGAAGGUGGAGCAGGGUCGAGGAAUAGGCGCCUAGGCGCUGGUCAUAGAGCAGGAAGUCGCAGUGCCUUAGGAGCUCCAACAACGACGUCGUCUAGUCCUGAAGAUGACAAAAUCCGCAGCGAAGUACAAGACAUGGAAGUGCUGUAUGGAGGUAGCAAUCCGCCAGCAUCUGCUCAAGCGGAGGUUGCACGACCGGAUGAAGCUAGUAUAAGAAUAACUCCUGCAGCACCGGAAACAGAACAACUAGAACCACCUACAGCAGAAACAGCACCUGCCGCUGCAAGUGCCGUGUACAGCUUGGAUUCGGGAAGAGAGAUGCCCAGUAGCGCCAGAGAAGAAGCACACGACGAGAGUACACAAGUAUUAGUACUGGCUGAGGGUGAAGGUGACGGUGAUGUUGUCAGUCGUGUCACAUCGCAUGUUGUUGAAGAAAAACUAGGACCCGAUGGAACAUCAGCUGCGCCUCCUCCAGAGUCUGUUGCUGAACGUGCGGUGUUUCAAGUUGUCGAAGAUCAACAAGCGGUACAGGAUGUGCUUCUCUCUAGCAAGGGAGCGCGAAUGGAGGAGGAAAAGGACGAUGAACGAGCGCGUGCAGAAGUUAGUGCCGAGCCAGCCGCAGCAGCUCCAGAUGUAGAAGAAACUCGCCAAGCCGAAGGAGCACCCGCAACAACUGAGGAAUCAUCUGCCCCAUAUCAAUCUGUUGCUAGUAGAAGAGCAGAGGCCAACAAGAGAAAGGCCAUGGCAAGGACUAGAAGAUCAGCCACGGUCAUGAUGCCCCCUGAAGGCGUCAUGAUAGAUAAGGAAUCUGCUCCUCUUCCUGCGGCGGCACCAAGAACAGACGGAGUAGAUAUCGUAAAAGAUCUUCUUGGAGGAGAGCACGUCGCUGCAGAAGAACAUGCUGGUAUUGCUGCGGCUGCACAGGAACAGGAAGGACAAUUAGAGGUGGAGGAGUCAACACAGGCAGUGCCAGCAGUAGAUGAAGUUGCCCCUGCCGCACCUCCAGCAGCAGAAAUUGCUGAAACAAGGAGUCGUGUGCCAGCAUCAGUUCCAGUACCACUCGAACAAGAUCAUGGAGAAGUCGAAGCUGCUCUUCUCUCGUCUGCUUCUGCAGAACAGCCUGAAGGUCGAGAAGAAACCGAGUACCAAGAUGACGGCCCAAUCCUUGGAGAGGAAGAGGACGGCGUGGUGGAGGUAUCGCCCGCAGAAGCUGAUGAUGAUAUUAACGACGAAAUUCUCGGUCGUGCUUAUGUGGAAGAUAAGGAGCAGCCGGCUGCAACAGUUGCUCCUGUUGCAGAGAAAGAACAACAGCUUCAGAAGUCCAAGGCCGCAUCAGGUAGCGAGGAAGAGCAGCAAGACGCGACGCAUGCAGUCAACGUCGAAGCACGAACUGAACCUCAGACAGCACCACAAGAGCAGAAGCAAGAACAGGAGGUACUAGGCACUGAGCAAGAUGAUGCCCCGGUUGAGGAGGCUCCACAGGCCUCACCCUCACCAGCCAGUUGUGCGAUGCUUGAUACCGCGCGAUCUUCUAUCGAUACAGAGACCCAAGAGCGAGCUGAGGUUGAGGAGGAACGCAAACGCGCUCGAGCCUUCAAGGAAGAGCUUGGAUUUCAAUCCUCUGAGAUUGAGGUGAUCACUGAUGACGGUAGCAGUUUGAGGCAUGGAGGGAUUUGAGGAGGUGAAGACAAAGAAUAAGAUGAAGAUGAAAGGUACUUAGGCCGUGCAUAUUGUUCAUGUGAUUGUGAUAACUACCAUUAAAUUUAAAACUCGUACUGCUGUGCAUAUCAUGAAGCGAGAUCAACAUUACCAAUCAGGCAUCGUAAAAGAUAUCAGAGCUUAAUCCACUGAGUAAAUCUCUCUUGACGACAAAAAAGCGAAAACGCGUGUAACUCUCAACUUUGAACUCUGAAUGAAGCCACAGUCAGUGGCUUACUGAUCUCUCAAACAUCAUUACUUCGUAGCUACCUUUUACAAUUCGAAGAAGAUUAUCUAGAUUGGAGUGCAUAAGAUAAACGAAAUUCCACCAGUAGAACUUCUACACCAACCAGAACUAGAAAUUGCAUAUUUUCGUUACAGUAGAAUGUGACUUUGAACAACUCCUGCUGAGAACUGGAAAACGUAAGUAUUUGCAUCGAUCAUAAUGAAGUCUAGACAUAUGUGCUUCGGAUGAUUAAGUGAUCAACAUGGAAGCAUUAUUGAAUCCAGAAUAUAACAAUAAACAACACCCAGUAGGAAGAACUGUUCUAAAGUCUGUAGCAUGCAUGCGAUCAAUCCAGCGGUAUUGACAGCCUAAAGCAAAUUAGUUUCCCAGAAAAGCUAAGUUGAAGUCUGGCAGUAAAUAGGAUGAGACAGUAAGUAGUUACGAUCUAGUACAUCGAUUUCAAUCGAAAAAGUUUCUUGCAUUAUGAACUUGAACAGCAGUGAAUUACUACACAUGUUGUACAGUACGUGGAAACUGCAAGUAGGACGCUAGUAUUCAAUAUUGAACAAGACAUGUUAGAUAUUCAUUCCCCCAAUCACAAAGACCCCAUAAAACAAUGAAACAGAGAGCACUAUGUAUAGUACAAAAGAAGUGACAUCAGGUGG